CAUCUUUUGUGGCUGAGGCGCACAGGAAAUGUAACUGGAUCUGCCUGGUCUGGUGGAGAGUUUGUGGGGGAUGCACGGACACGGUUAUGGGUGAUUAUUAAUGCCACUGAAAGCAGACUGGAUAUGCGCACAAAAAGUAAGGAGAAGUGACUUUUGGUUUUGGGUUGGCCCCAGGAUGGACACUGCGGAGGUUCUUCUGUGUGUGUUGAUGGUUGUGAUCAUUAUUGUGUCGUUGCUGUCCAAUGUCCUGGUGCUGAUCUGCUUUCUCUACAACCCGGAGAUCCGCAAGCAGGUCCCGGGUCUGUUCAACCUCAACCUCACCUUCUGCAACUUGUUGCUGACUGUGUCCAACAUGCCUCUGACUCUGGUGGGACUGGUCAGUAAAGCUCAACCGGGUGGAGAUGGUUUCUGUCAGAUCGUGGGUUUCUUGGAGACCUUCCUGUCCACUAACUCCAUGCUGAGUAUGGCAGCUCUGAGCAUCGACAGGUGGAUAGCGGUGGUGUUCCCCCUGAGGUACCACUCCAAAAUGCGCCAUAAGGACGCAGCUUUUGUGCUCGGCUACACGUGGGCGCACUCCAUGUCCUUCUCCACGGUGGCCACCUGCCUCUCCUGGGUGGGAUACCACCGGCUGUACGCCUCCUGCACCCUAUCCAACCCGAGGGCGAGCAGCCGGACCCAGUUUGUUAUCUUUACCGUGUUUUUCCACUCCUUCACCUUUCUCCUGUCUUUUAUAGUGCUCUGUUUCACAUACCUCAAAGUGCUUAAAGUGGCAAGGUUUCACUGUAAAAGGAUCGACGUUAUUACAAUGCAAACUUUGGUGCUGCUGGUGGAUAUACACCCCAGUGUUCGCCAGCGCUGCCUGGAGGAGCAGAAGAGGCGACGGCAAAGAGCAACUAAAAAGAUCAGCACCUUCAUCGGCACCUUCAUGCUCUGCUUCGCUCCCUAUGUGAUCACAAGGAUCGUGGAGUUAUUUCCAGCGGUGCCUAUCAACCCUCACUGGGGAAUUGUCUCCAAGUGCUUAGCUUACAGCAAGGCUGCCUGCGACCCCUUUGUGUACUCUCUGCUCCGACACCAGUACAAGAAGACAUGCACUGACAUUAUCAACAGGCUGCUGAAGCGUAGCUCCUUAAAUGCAUCGGGCCGUGGGCUUGAGAACCAGGGAAACAGCAUCCCGACGGCGGAGUGACGGCGUCCUGGGGAAUGCGAAGGAUCGGCCUGGCAAACGUCAGGAAAACGUGAAGCUGAUUUAUAGUCGAUGAGGAAGAGGACAAAUAUUGGUUGUUCCUGUCCACGUCUGCUUGAAUUUGGUCUGACGAGCCAAAAAAAGAGUCAUUUGAGACAAGGGCAAAUCCCUUGCACAGGAAUACCACUGUGCUUGCAUACCGAGUGCCCAGAACAGCAGAUCAGUGCAGUGAACUUGUUGUGAGGACAGUAAGCAGAUUUUACGUCCACCUGGAGAGGCAGAUGUGCUCACCCAAGAAGAACAGCCAGUUCAUAGCCUCAUUAUUUAAAAACUAGGGUAGCGCUCAGUCUGAUGUAUCCAUUCUGUUUUAACAUUAAUAUGAUAUAUAUUCUUAUGUUGCAAAAAGGAUGGUGAACGGUUGUAUGUCUGUCUGUUCUGUAUUUGCAGGUGACAGCUUUCAUACUGUUUGUAGCACAGGAAACAAACCUGACCAAAACUUGACAGAAAAACUCCCCUAACUGUACAAAAAAAAUGAUAGUCAUAUAAAGUAUAUGAAGAAGGAUGAAAGGAAAGCUCUCCAAAAGCUCUCCAAAUCCUUUUGAUCGCCCCCUGGUGGUUAGCUACAGUAUAGAUCAGACGCCCCAACCCAAAAGA